UUUCCGGUAGAAUAAGAAAAUGGGGAAACCUAACUAUUGUGCCAUCAAAGACUGUCACAAUAAGUCCGGAGACAAAGGGAGAUUUGGUAGAACAAUAAAACUACAUAAAUUACCAAAAGAAGGAAUCGUACGAUCGGCAUGGCUACGUGCAAUUAGUCGGAGAGACUUUAAACCAUCAACGUACACCUCAGUCUGUUCAGAUCAUUUUCCGAGAGGAGAAGGACGUACAUCCGUUCAUAAAGUACCAAGUCUUCACCUCCCACAAAAAGUGGUCAAAGAGGGAAAAGUAAGGAACACAAAAAACAGUCUAUCCACAAGUAUUUCGGAAACAGAGUCAAUAUUACAACCAUCCAUUUCACACUCCGAGUCGGACCAGCCUAAGCCUUGUUGUUCUAUAGAUGUGAUUGAGCAAACUCAUUCGUACUCUAAAACUCCAAUGAGGACACUUUGUGAAUCUGGAACAGAAAGUGAGAAUGUGCCAUUAUCAACAGCUUCAUGUACAAAAAAUGACAAAAUCACUCAAACCAAUACACCACCUGCUGAAUUAUCUGUUAAAGUCACAAGACCAGAAAUUAUAAUAGAUGAUAUAGCUUCAUCAGAUGAGGAGGUACUUUUUUAUACAGGUUUACCAUGCUACCAGGCAUUUAAAGCUUUGUUCGAUACUCUCAUUGCUGCAGGAGCUGAUCGAAUGAAUGUGGAUGACGAGAUAUUGAUGCAAGAAAAAUCGUAUAGGAAGUUACGGUUGAUUGACGAGUUUUUUAUGGUAAUGAUGAGACUACGUUUAGGUUUAUUGUUAAAUGACUUGCAAUAUAGAUUUAAGAUUUCAACAGGAAGAGUUUCCAGAAUUUUUAAUUCCUGGAUAAGCCUAAUGGCAACAUGCCUUAAAUCAAUCGUGUUCUUGCCACCUCUCCAAACACUUCAACAGAAAGUACCUAAUUGCUUUAAAAACUUUAGUGAUACAAGAAUUGUUCUCGACUGUACAGAAAUAUUUAUAGAAACUCCUUCAGCAUUACAAAAUAAAUCACUGACUUAUUCCAGCUACAAAUCCCAUAAUACUUUUAAAUCACUAGUUGGUGUAAGCAUGACAGGAGCUGUUGUUUUCUUAUCAAAUUUAUGGGGAGACUCAGCAUCUGAUGUGCAUAUUACAAGAAACUGUGGCCUUCUUGAACUUUUAGAAGAAGGUGAUGCUGUAAUGGUGGACAAGGGUUUCAUUCACAUACAGUCAGAUUUUAAAAAAAAAGGAGUUAAAUUGUAUUGUCCACCAUUCAUGUCCGCUAAAAGGAAUCAGUUUUCGAAAUCUGAAGUUGAUUGUACAAGGAGGAUAGCGUCUGCCAGAAUUCAUGUGGAGCGAAAAAUGGAGCAGAUCAAGAACUUUCGCAUCUUACAAGGAAUAUUACCCAUCAGUUUGAGUUCAAAGGCUGACGCCAUAUUUUUUGUGUGUUCUGCUUUAACUAAUUUAUUGCCUCCCCUUGUGAAAUGAUUGCAUGCAAUAGGAAUUAAAAAAUGUU